UAAGCUCCACAUGCAAUGAAGCUGUACGCCGCAGCAGCAGAUAAAUCCCAUCAUCUCUCUCAAAUGUUCAAAACCAUCAACAUCCAUACGCCUCCAUCUUCACUCCCACCGUUUCCUGUAAAUCUUCUGCUUUUCUUCCUGCAUUGCGAUCCCGCACCGACAAUGGCAACUCCUCUCACGUCCUUCAGACCCGUUUCGAUCCGACCCAACGCCUCCGCCUCCCAACGGUCCGGCCCGAACCGCCGCAAGACCGCUUCCGCCAACUGGUGGACCCCGCUCUUUGGCUGGUCUUCCGACCCUGCGGAGUACAUCAACGCCGAUCCGGGACAAAACGCCAGCAACAAAGAUCCGGGUUCUGACCCUACCCGAGCCGGAUCCAGAUUCGCGCUGGGGUGCUUCACGGAGGAGAAGGCGAAGCAACUGCGGAAAAAGACCCUGGAGACUUCCGCGUUCCACGAUUUCAUGUACCACUCGGCGAUCGCGUCUCGGCUCGCGUCCGAUUUAUCGGACAAGUAGCGAGAAGAGAAGAAGUUUAUGUCGCCGGAGCGCCUGCGAAUUUUUAGCCGGCCGUUGCUGUUCUUCUUUGUCAUUGCUUUUGGGAAUGUAGCCAUUUGGCAUAUCCAAUUUGUCGAAAUGAAAUUAGAAUUUUAUCGAUAUUUCUGUGUUU